AUGGAAACACAAGCAAAGCCUCGACGAAAGUGUUGGAUGUGUGUCUUUCCUGGAUGUACAGAACCACCUAAGACAAGGUAUAACUGUUAUAGUCAUGUUUGGGAUGCGCAUUUAAGACAUUUAAAUGGAGAAAAAGAAGCGUAUAAAAGAAUUAAAGAAGAAGAAAGAAAAGAUGCAAUGAAAUUAUGUGAAAUGUAUGUGAUAUAUGUAGAUGAUUCAAGAGGAAAAAAAGGAGGAAGUUCAUUUGAGAAAAAUAUUCAAAUAGAAAGUGAAAGAGGAAAUUCAACAAUGUUUAUUCCUCAAUUGUCUGAAACCCCAUUAAUACCAUCAUUGACACACUCUAUUAAUAAUCUUCAAACAAUUCAAACUUAUCAACAAGUUCAACAAAAUGUUAGAUCACCUCUUGUUGUUAGUACAUCAAGUUCUACUUCUGCACAAAUCAAUUCUCCAAUUAAUUUACCUCAACAAUUAACUUCUUCAAACAUUCCAAUUCAACAAAUUGAACAAAUUAAUACAACAACUGCACAAGGAGUUUCAAAUGAUAAUUCUACAUUAACUAAUCCAUUAUAUACAAAUGGGUUUAUUGAUUUUAAACAAGAAAGUGAAAAUUCAAAUGGAUUUAAUUCUCAAAAUGAUUUAUUUGCUUCACCUCAGCAACCUCAAAAUGAAAUUCCAUGGGAUUAUCUUCAAUCACCUUCUACUCCAUUAACACCAACACAAAUGAAUGGGGUAAUAGAAAAAAAUGAAGAUUUUAUUCGUAUUGAAAGAAUUAAUGAAAAUUUAAAAAGACUUCAUGUUAUGGGAGAAAUUAUGGCAGAAAAUGGAUUUUUACAACGAUCUGAUAUUCGUGUAAAAGAAAAUAUUAAACCAUUAGUUGACUCAUUAAAUACUGUACUUCAACUAACAGGAACAUCAUUUAAUUAUAUUGGAAAAAAAGAAGAAAAACUUGGGUUUAUUGCACAAGAAGUUAAAAAAGUUUGUCCUGAAUUAGUUAUAGAAGAUGAAAAAGGAGAACUUGCAGUAGAUGUUAUUGGAGUAAUUCCACAUUUAGUAGAAGCAUUAAAACAAAUUUAUGAAAACGCAUCAUCAGAACAACUGUCUUCAAAUGAAAGAUAUAAAGAACUAUCACAAAGUACUCAUCAAAUGAUAAAAAUGGUUGAGGAAUUUAAAAAAGAAAUUCAAGAAAAAAAUGAUGAAGAAAAGAAAACAAGAAAAAAUAAAAUAGAUAAGAUGUUAUUCUUUAAUUUUUCAUUUGGACCAGCUAUUGUCACUUUAUUUGCAUCUAUUUUUUUAACUAUCUUUAGUAUCUUUGUCAUUUUUUCAUUACCAGAAUUCCCAUUUAUGUGGGGAUAUUGUUGGUUUACAACAAUAUUAUCAUAUUUAUCAUUAUGGAAUACUCGUAAUGAAUUAAAAGUAAUGUGGAAUGGAGGGCCAUUAAUACUUUAUUUUAAACAUAACAAUUUUAUAUCUAUAUAUUUAUUUUUAUUAUUAGCAGCUAUAGGAAUUACAGUUAGUAUGAUUAUGGGAACCAUUGUAUUGAUUGUAAUGGUUGUUUAUGUUUCAUUAUUUGUUUUGAUUGGAGGAUUAUUAAUUAUUAUGAAAGGAAUGUAUCAAUUAGAUUUUAAAGUGAUAUGUUCGGUUUUAAUAGUUUAUUUAGUAGCUGUUGUUAUUGUUUCUUAUUCUUUAUUUAUUACUCAACCUGGUUAUGAUUGUUUUAUCAAUUCUCCUUCAACUACAAAUUUCGAAUUACAACUUCAAUUAAAUACUCCAAUUCAACGUCAAAUCUUCUCUCCUAUUCCAUGGAAUUGUAUGAAAUAUGAAGUUAAAUCUAGUCAAAAACUUCCUACUGGAAUUAAAAUUGGGUCAGUUAGAACAGAUGUAGAAACAGUUCCUUAUCUUUAUGGUACAGUAACUGAUUUCUUCCCAACCACAAAAGUAGAAAUGUUUUUAGAAUGUGCUUCAUAUGUUCGUUUACGGUGUGGCGUUAUAACAAUGAAAGUAUGUGAUGGAAGAGAUAAGAUUUCAUGUGAAGAUAACCAAUGUAAUUGGUGUGGAAAUAGUUGUAAAGCAACUUGUUGA